AGUAUAAUAUUUUAAAUUCAUUAUUUUUAAAUAUAAAUCGUUACUACUGUUAUCAAUUGACAACAUAGCAUUCUAAUUUAUUGAUAAUUGUAUAUCAUUCUACAGUGUACAAAAAAAAAAAGUAAAUUCAUUGAAAUGUUUAAAGUGAUUGAUAUCUGCAAUGUAUGUAAAUUUUCAUUAAAAAAUCUAAGAACGUUUAGCAAUUUUGUAAAAUUAGUUGAAGUUGGACCACGAGAUGGAUUACAAAACGAGAAGAAUAAUGUGCCAACAGAGAUUAAAAUUGACUUGAUUGAUAAAUUAUCAGAAAGCGGAUUAAAGAGCAUAGAAGUGACCAGUUUUGUCUCACCAAAAUGGAUUCCACAAAUGGCAGAUAAUGCUCAAGUCUUUCAAAAGAUUAACAAGAAACCUGGCAUUUCUUAUCCUGUAUUGGUACCAAAUUUGAAAGGUUUAGAAGAUGCACUGAAAGUAGGUGUAAAAGAAAUAGCUGUUUUUGGCGCUGCAUCCGAAUCAUUUUCAAAAAAAAAUAUUAACUGUUCCAUCGAUGACAGUAUGAAGAACAUUAAAACAGUCAUCGAGGAAGCAAGUAAACAAAACGUUAGAAUCAGAGGUUAUGUAUCUUGCAUUGUUGGAUGCCCUUAUGAAGGCGAAAUUAAGCCAACAGUGGUAGCCAAUAUAAGUGCAUUCAUGUUACAACUUGGAUGCUAUGAAGUUUCUUUAGGAGACACCAUUGGUGUAGGAUCUCCUAAUAAAAUAAACAAAGUACUGCACGAAUUAAAAUAUGUCUUAAACGACCUGAAUAAAUUUGCAAUUCAUUGUCACGAUACCUACGGACAGGCUCUAGUAAACAUUUAUACUAGCCUCGAAAAUGGUAUAAGGGUAUUCGAUUCGUCCGUGGCUGGAUUAGGCGGUUGCCCAUAUGCAGCUGGUGCUUCUGGAAAUGUUGCUACCGAAGACCUACUUUAUUUUUUGCAUGGACAAGGUUUAGAAACUGGAGUGGACCUUAAUCAAAUAGUAAACAUCGGAGAUUUUAUCAGUAGUCAGCUUCAAAGGAAGAAUCAGUCCAAAGCAGGUGUUGCAAUUCUUGCAAAGGAAUGUCUGAAAAAAUAUAUGUAAUUGUAUAGUUUUGGAAAAUAUUGGGGCCAAUAAAGUACAUGAAUUUCAUACAUGUUCGUCAUUUGCGAUUAAUAAACUAUUUGGUAUCGGAAAAAGUUCGUACGGAAUUACGUGUUGUGCUUCGCUUACUUGAAGUCCCGCGGGACGACACAGAGCGCAGGCGCAAGAGGAGUCGAA